GUUCCAUGGCCCAAAUGCUUGAGGGCAAGGGUGCUGGCCCAUCUCCAACCCAAGGACUCAAGAGCUCCUGAGAGGGACACGUUGUAUUGGGAACCAGGAACACUCCAAGUGCUGACCCCUGAGCCAGGACGAGGGGCAGGAGGUGCCAUCCAGGAGGCCCCGGCCUGGCUUGGGUGCUAUCCACGCCGCCAGGCCACCAUGGUCCUUGGCUGGCCACUGGUUCUGGUGUUGGUCCUGUGCCCGGGUGCGACAGGCAUCAAGGACUGCGUCUUCUGUGAGCUGACUGACUCCACUCAGUGCCCAGGCACACGCAUGCGCUGUGGGGACGACGAGGAUUGCUUCAUAGGUCACGGAGUAGCCCAGGGCGUGGGGCCCAUCAUCAACAAAGGCUGCGUGCGCUCCACCCGCUGUGGCCGUGAGGAACCUGUCAGCUACAUGGGCCUCACCUACAGCCUCACCACUACCUGCUGCUCUGGCCAACUUUGCAACGGGGGUGCUGGUUCUGACACGGGGACCCCCAGCCUGGCACCGGGUCUGCAGCUGCUCCUGGGCCUGUCGCUGCUACUUCAAUACUGUCUGUGACCUGCAGGAACCGCAGGGCCUGGGACUGUGCCCUGUGCCCCCCGCCUCCACCCCUUCCCCCCAUUAAAUGGCCAGAGGUGCGGUCUACCUCCUGUGGCCCUGGCUUCCUCUGGGCUGGCAAGGCCCCUGGCAUGCCAUCGUGUGGGGUGCGGCCUGUGACUCUCACUGCUCUGCUGUGCCCCACUGGUCCUAAGACGCACACCUUUUCACUUUG